CGUCAAACGGAAAGGGCUUUGUGUCUUUUUCAGUAGGCUACCUACCCCAAAACAGUUAUGUAUUUCUGACAUGGUGACCGUGCGAUACAGCAACAGUAUUUGUGAGAGUAAUGCAAAGUAUGUCUGCCCUAACGAAGAUGAGGUGUGUUCUUAGCGCAUGCGUAAAUGAGCCAAAAGACGCCGCGGCUGAGGUCCGGACGAGAGAAUGAGAGCAGCAUUUAUGUCAGUGCGCGCUGAUGCAAAUUACACCAUCGUGGCAGCAGAGGGGACGCGGGAUAUUAGAGAAUGCCACCGCAAACCAAGAUCGCACGAUAUUUAACUAAUUGUUUACAUUUUUCAUAUGUAAUAAGAGUUGGAUAUAUCUCCAGACCUUGCUUAAUAGGCUGUUACUCGCGAGUAGAGUAAAUAUGCCAACGGACCUAAAUCAUCAAGCCAAUGGAAUAACUCUCUCCGAUACGAUGGGAUCAUAUAAGAGGAGAAAGAGAAAGUCCAUAAUGGCCACGGGGAUGCUGCUUGUGGUGUCGAUGCUCAUCCUCGUGUUUGGACUCGCAGCCACCACCAGGACCCAGAACAUCACAGUCGGAGGAUACUAUCCUGGAGUCAUACUUGGUUUCGGUUCCUUUCUCGGAAUCAUUGGGUCCCAUUUGAUAGAAAACAAGAGGCAGAUGCUGGUUGCAUCCAUUGUGUUUAUCAGUUUUGGUGUGGUGGCCGCCUUCUGUUGUGCCAUUGUUGAUGGGGUGUUUGCCACCCGACACAUAGAUCUGGGGCCCCUGUAUGCUGGACGGUGUGAAUACUACUCCAGUGUUUCAGCAUCUGACAGAGAUGUACAGAAGUGGCUUAAAAGUGAGGGAGUCAUCAAUCAAAAUACCCAGGUGCACUGCCAGACUGCGUCCAGAGUGUCCUGUAACCUGCGUGUAAAGAGCAACACCUGCUACUGCUGUGAACUCUACCACUGUGGCAAAGAGCAUCCUCUUUUUGGACAUCAGAAUAAAGAUGUUUUGAAAAAAGUUAGGAAAUCGUCCAUUUGGAACCACGUGGAGCUGAGGGGAGGUUAUCAUGAGUACACAGAGGUCAAGAGCUGCCAGGAUGUGGUGUACCUCUACCAUCUGCUCUGGUCCGCCACCAUCUUCAACAUCAUCGCGCUCUUCCUCGGCAUCAUCACGGCUGCAGUCCUGGGAGGCUUCAAGGACAUGGUGCCAAGUGCUGCCCCAGACUCCUGUGAGCCAGAGCCUCUGCCAGUGCCAGGCCCCCCUGAAGCUCCUGCCCCUUCCACCUCCUACAACUCUUACUACAACAGCACCCCCUGUCUGCCACCUUACACCACCUACGACCUGCAGGCCACCAGUAUCUACCCGGACUCUGGUUUGUCGGAUGACUCUCAGUCUGGUGCCAGUCACAUGUGGCCCAACAUGAUCCCUCCCCGCUACUCCCCACCACACUACCCUCCCGAUGAGAAACCUCCCCCAUACAGCCCUUGACACAUCAUAGAGAAAGGGAAAAGGAAGGGAUCCUGUUCACUGCCCGGGACCAUGCCACUGGAUCAUGGGGACUAGAGGAUGAGAGGCGGACCUCAAACCCCCAGAGAGCCACCAGUGCAGUGGACUCCUGACAUUUGAACCCAAAGACUGGCUGAUUUGGUGAAGAAAAAAAAAAAUGUAUGCGCCACAGGCAUAAUAUGAUACUAGUGUACCAUUCUUCACCAGUUAGCGGUCCUGGGCUACUAAGGUUUGUCAGUGUAUAUGUGUGAGACUGCAUUUGUGUAUCCUCGUAUCAAAAAGAAAAAGCAGUAUUUAAGUGAUGCAGGAAAAGGUGCAAGCCUGUUUACUUCCUCAACACCUGCCCUUCCUGUCAGUAGGUCUGUACCAGGCUCUCACCGACCCCCUCAUAAGACAAGACACCAAGACUGUUCUUAGGCCUCACCACACUAAUGUCUGUGGCCAUGCAGAGCAGACACUGACCUCUCUAGCUGAGGCCUCUGCAGCUCUCUAAGGCCUUCCUUUUGAUUUGGUCGGGUCUUGCCUUUUGUCUCGUCUUUCCCCUCAAAGCAGCUCACUUUUCACAAUUAGUUGCAUUGCCCUUCUCCUAUAGUGCAUCUGGAAAGUCCACACCGAUCAAGCUGCCCACAUUGUGCCACGAUACAGACUCACCUUAAAAUGGAUUCAAUUCAUUUUUUCCCUCAUCAAUCUACACACAAUAUUCCAUAAUGACUACAUAAAAAAAACAGGUUUUUGGAGGGUUGUUUUUAUUUAUUAAAAAGACUGAAAUAUCAUAUUUACAUAGUUAUUAAGACCCCUCACUUACUUGGUUAAAGCACCUUUGCAGUAAUGGCAGCCUAAAGUUUUCUUGGGAAUGAUUCUAGAAGCUUGGCACACACCUUUCUUUUGGAAAUGUCUCCCAUUCUUCAUGGCAGAAUCGUUGGGUGAAUCGAAAGGUUGGAUGGGGAGAGUUGAUGCACAGCCAUUUUCAGGUCUCUCCAGAGAUUGCUCUAUUGAGUUCAGGUCCAGACUCUGGCUGGGCCACUCCAGGACCUUCAGUGUUUUCCUGAAGCCACUCCUGAGAUCUCUUGGCGUAUGCUUCAGGUUAUCGUCUUCUUGAAAUGUAAACCUUUGCCCCAGCCUGAGCUCCUGGGCACUCACAAACAUUUCUCUCAGGAUUGCUCUAUAUUUUCUGCAUUCGUCUUUCCCGCCAUCCUGAUCGGUAUCUCAUCCCCUUUCAGCGUAAAACAUCCCUACAGCAUGAUGCUGCCACCACUGUGUUUGACUG